UGUGAAAAAACCGGACCACCAUCUCCCGGUGCUGAUGGACACUUCACCACUCAACAUCUGGCCAGGGCGGGGGAGGGGCGCGGCCCAGACGUCGGAGUCAGUGAGGCGGAGGCGGCUUUCGCGCAUGCGCCCCGGGAGGUGUUGAAGCCGGGGCCACCAGAACUCCGCCUUGGUCUGUCCCUGUGGGGUCAGGGAAUGGCGAGGAUGCUUCUCGGAAGAUGCCUUGGGUGCAGUUAAGGUUGUUUUGGCGGGUGCAUGUAGGGGAGUCAAGGAAACGGUUAGCUAAUUUGAGGACAAGCCCCUUCCCACUGUCCCCGGUGAACUGUAAAAAGGAAGAAUCAGCACCAAGGCUGAACUAUACCAUUUAGAAGAAUGGAAGCUAAUGCAUCUGUUGACAUGUUUUCAAAAGUCCUGGAAAAUCAGUUGCUUCAAACUACCAAACUAGUAGAAGAACAUUUGGAUUCUGAAAUUCAGAAACUGGAUCAGAUGGAUGAGGAUGAAUUGGAACGCCUCAAAGAAAAGAGACUUGAGGCACUAAGGAAAGCUCAACAGCAGAAACAAGAAUGGCUUUCAAAAGGACAUGGGGAAUACAGAGAAAUCCCUAGUGAGAGAGACUUUUUUCAAGAAGUCAAGGAGAGUAAAAAAGUGGUUUGCCAUUUCUACAGAGACUCCACAUUCAGGUGUAAAAUAUUAGACCGACAUUUGGUGCUAUUGUCUAAGAAACAUCUUGAGACCAAAUUUCUGAAGCUGAAUGUGGAAAAAGCACCUUUCCUUUGUGAGAGACUGCGUAUCAAAGUCAUUCCCACACUAGCACUGGUAAAAGAUGGAAAAACACAAGAUUACGUUGUUGGAUUUACUGACCUAGGAAAUACAGAUGACUUUACCACAGAAACUUUAGAAUGGAGGCUGGGUUGUUCCGAUAUUCUCAAUUACAGUGGAAAUUUAAUGGAGCCACCAUUUCAGAGCCAAAAGAAAUUUGGAACAAACUUCACAAAGCUGGAAAAGAAAACUAUCCGAGGGAAGAAAUAUGAUUCAGACUCUGAUGAUGAUUAGAAAUUAAUUAUAAUUCUUUGUAAAUUGUCUUUUUAUUUCUGCUUACUUCAGAAUUAGAUGUGUUUUCUAAAUCCCGUUGGUUUUGAUACAUUGGUCACCUAAUGGUCAUGUUCUAGAGUUUUGUAGUUUCAUCACAUUGAAAGACAUCUUCAGUAUUUUCUGUGUGGCACUCGUGUUUAAGUUGAGGAAAACUUCUGAUGUCUUAAAUUAUCCAGCAAGGGCCUGGAUUCUCUAUUUUUGAGAUUGAUUUUACCACAAUAUAAUUCUUAUGUCUUUAUACCAUUCACAGUUGUGUUUUUAAUCUACUGGAUUGGAAAUAGGAAUUCAGCAAACUAUUCCAGGACUAAUUCUUACACAGCAUUAUUUACUUUAUACAACAGGUGAAACAACAUUUACUGGUGUAAUGGACUCACUUGUAAAUGAAUUAUAAACAGUCUUUACUUCUGGAAUAUAUUUAACUAUUAAAGAACUGCCUAUUUAUUCUGUAGGCUGUGUGUUGAUGAAUCAACUGAUGGCAGCAGAAAGCUUUUUCAGGUUUUGAGCAUACUGCCUUAUUUAAAGGGUUCUGAUCGCUUGUAUUUUAAGACAUGCAUUAAAAAAAUAAUCAGGAAGGGA